AUGCAAAAAACUUUUCUUCUUGAUGGUAUAGAAAAUGAUAAAAUGAAGAAAGCAAUAAUGGUAAUAAAAUCUACAGAUGAAGUGAAAGAAUAUAUAUCAGGGCAACCAGAUGAUAUUAGGCAUGAAACGGUUAUAGAAAAAAUUAAGUACGGUGAAACUAUAUUAUUACCUAUUUUCUUGGAAGCAGAAGAAAAAAUAUGCAAAGUAUUUGGAUUCUUGAAUAAAAGAGCAAAUGUGUCAAUGGUAUCAGGAAAAGUGGUAGAGAUGCUGAAACUACCAACAAACAAAAAACAGCAAAUUCAAGUGACUUUAGCAAAUGUUGAAAUUACACAACUUCAAGAAACUCUUAAAAUUAAUGCGAAGUUUAAGAUAAAUGUGAAUACAGAUGUGUGUAAAGAAGUAUUUAUGGCAGUGAAUGAUGCUAGUAAAAAAUACCACAUGACUGUUGGAUCUGAUAUACUUCAGUCAGUUGAAGCAAUAAUUGAAUUUCAGGCGAAAAAGAUAAUUACUAAUGCUCAUUAA